GCUCUGCUGCCAGGCGAAGCGGCGGCGGCGGCGGAGAGAAGCAGCCCCGGGCCCGGGAGCGCGCGCCCGCCUCGCCUCGCCUGCCCGCCGGUGCCGGGGGGAGGAUGCCAGCCGGCUGCGGCGCGCGCUCGGCAAAGCUCCGUCGUCGUCUGCAGCAGCAGCAGUGGCAACAGCCCCGGCACGCGGAGGCGCUGGCGCGAUAGUGCCAGGGACGCAGCAUCAGCAAGCCCGGGAGGGGGGAGGCGCCCCCCUCCUUUAAUUUGGGGGGAGGGCUUUUUUAGGAAAAGGGUUUUUCCCCCUCCCUUGCGUUUUACCAGCGGAGGACCCGCGUCGGUGCUGCCACUCCAAGAGCUUUUUUGUGCGAAGAUAAAGACUCUUGCCCCCCUCUUCUUCCACCUGCCCCCUUUUUUAACCCCCCCCCCUCCCCAAGGGAUGGCAAACUUCGGCUGGCUGGCUGCCUCGUCUUGGAAAAUCUUAAAGUCCUGCUGAACAAAGAUCAGGGCAAAUGUCAUAGGAUGAACCCUGCUGGACCACUCUUACUGUCUGUGAUAUCGUGUCUCCUGUGGCUGUCCCAGGCCUUCGACCCAGCUCCCAGCGCCUGCUCCGCCUUGGCCUCCGGGGUCCUCUACGGCUCGUUUUCCCUGAAGGACCUCUUUCCCACUGUCUCCACCGGCUGCUCGUGGACCCUGGAGAACCCGGACCCGACCAAAUACUCCUUGUACCUCAGGUUCAACCGGGAAGAACAGGUGUGCACCCACUACUCGCCCAUGGUUCUGCCACUGGAUCAUUACCUCUCCAAUGAUACCUGCAGCCAGCCAGAAGUGACGUCCCUGCCUCGAGAGGACGAGGAGGAGGAAGAAGGGGAUGUCAGGUUGGAGCUUUGCCAAGGGGGAGGCCCGUUCACCUUUUUUCAUUUUGACAAGAACUUUGUCCAGCUGUGCCUGGCAGAAGAGCCUGAGGCAGCCACCCGCUUGCUGCCUCCGGAGGCCGUGGAGUUCCGCUUUGUGGAAGUCCUCCUGAUCAACAACAACAACUCGAGCCAGUUCACCUGCAGCAUCUUGUGCCGCUGGCUGGAGGAGUGCCUCCGUCUUGGCACUGGUCAGCCCUGUGGCCUCUCACAAACAGGCUGCGUUUGCCAGCCCCCUCAACCGCUUCCUGCCCCUCCGCAGCAGAACCAGACGCUCUCCAAUGCUCUGACUCCUUCCGCUCCCAGCGGCAGCAGCAACAGUGAGUGCUGCGUGACUGAAUUGCAUUCUGGGAAUGCGAAUGAUGUAUACGCUCCAGUGAUUAAAUAUGGUGAUGCCGUGCAUGAAGAUCAGAAGGUGAAGACUCAGUGGCCACGGUCAGCGGAUGAGCCGGGAGUGUAUAUGGCACAAACAGGAGACCCUGCAGCAGAAGAGUGGUCCCAGUGGAGCGUAUGCUCCCUGACCUGUGGGCAAGGCACUCAGGUGCGGACCCGUUCCUGCGUCUCAUCGCCUUAUGGAACACUGUGCAGUGGGUUGUUGCGGGAGACACGGCUAUGUAAUAAUACUGCCACUUGCCCAGUUCAUGGCCUGCGGGAGGAAUGGUCCCCCUGGAGUCUGUGCUCGAUGACUUGCGGGCGAGGGUCCCGGAUCAGAAUGCGGCACUGCGUCUCUCCCCGGCACGGCAGGAAGGCCUGCGAGGGGCCUGAGGUGCAGACUAAGCCCUGCAAUAUCGCUCUCUGCCCUGUGGAAGGCCAGUGGCUGAGCUGGGGAUCCUGGAGCCGCUGCUCUGUGUCGUGUUCCAACGGGACUCAGCAGCGCACCCGCAAGUGCAGCGUCUCGGCUCAUGGCUGGGCAGAGUGCAAAGGGGCUCAUGCCGACGCCAGGGAGUGUUACAACCCUGAAUGUCCAGUGGACAGCACAUGGGGCCCAUGGAACCACUGGAGUUUGUGCUCCAAGACGUGCGACACAGGCUGGCAGAGACGCUUCCGCAUGUGUCAAGGGACAGGCGUGCAAGGCUACCCGUGCGAGGGCAGCGGGGAGGAAGUCAGGACGUGCAACGAGAAGAAAUGCCCAGCAUACCACGAGAUGUGCAAGGAGGAAUACGUCACGCUCAUGACUUGGAAGAAAGCCGCGGCUGGUGAAAUAGUCUACAACAAAUGCCCAGCCAAUGCCACAGGAUCUGCCAGUCGCCGGUGCCUGCUCAACUCCCAGGGUGUGGCUUAUUGGAGUGCACCCAGCUUUGCACGCUGCAUUUCCCACGAAUACCGAUACUUACAUCUCUCACUCCGAGAACACCUGGCCAAGGGGCAGCGCAUGCUGGCUGGAGAAGGCAUGUCUCAAGUGGUCCGUGGGCUGUUGGAGCUCGUGGCACGCAAGACCUACUACAGCGGGGACCUGCUGUUCUCUGUGGAGAUCCUGCGCAAUGUCACAGACACUUACAAGAGAGCGACCUACAUCCCCUCUGCAGAUGACGUGCAGCGGUUCUUCCAAGUUGUCAGCUACAUGGUGGAUGCAGAAAACAGGGACAAGUGGGAGGAUGCUCAACAGGUCUUGCCUGGCUCUGUCCUUCUCAUGAAGGUGGUUGAGGAUUUCAUCCAUCUGGUGGGAGACGCACUCAAAGCCUUCCAGAGUUCACUCAUUGUCACAGACAAUUUGGUAAUCAGCAUCCAGAGAGAACCAGUUUCAGCUGUCUCCAGUGACAUCAAUUUCCCCAUGAAAGGUCGCCGGGGAAUGAAGGACUGGGCACGACACUCGGAGGACAAGAUCUUCAUCCCCAAGGAAGUGCUGAGCCUCUCAUCCUCAGAAAUGGACGAAUCAGCCUAUUUUGUGAUCGGUGCUAUCUUGUAUCGUACGCUGGGAUUGAUCCUGCCUCCUCCUCGAAGUCCCUUGGCUGUCAUGUCCAGAGUUCUUACGGUGACAGUGAGGCCACCAACCAAAGCUAUGGAACCCUUGAUUGCUGUGGAAUUGUCCCACAUCUUCAAUGGCACCUCGCAUCCACAGUGUGUGACUUGGGAGUACACCAAAGCGGAGGUUGGCUCUGGGAACUGGGACACAGAGAGCUGCCAGACGGUGGAAACUCUCUCGGCUCACACCAAAUGCCAGUGCAACCAGCUCUCCACCUUUGCAGUGAUAGCUCAGCUGCCCAAAGAUCUGGCCAUGGACUCCAUCGGUUCCCCUUCUGUCCCACUCAUGAUCGGUUGCGCCGUUUCCUGUAUGGCUCUGCUGACCCUGUUGGUGAUCUACGCCGCGUUUUGGAGGUUUAUUAAGUCGGAACGGUCGAUUAUACUCCUGAAUUUCUGCGUCUCCAUUUUGGCUUCCAACGUACUGAUCCUGGUGGGGCAGUCGCAGAUGCUCAGUAAGGGUGUCUGCACUAUGACAGCUGCUUUUCUCCAUUUCUUCUUCCUCUCUUCCUUCUGCUGGGUGCUGACCGAGGCCUGGCAAUCUUACUUGGCUGUGAUUGGCAGGAUCCGGACACGCCUCGUCCGUAAACGCUUUCUCUGCCUCGGGUGGGGAUUGCCAGCCUUGGUGGUUGCUGUCUCUGUCGGCUUUACUCGGACCAAAGGAUACGGAACAUCCAGCUACUGCUGGCUGUCCCUCGAGGGGGGGUUGCUGUAUGCCUUCGUUGGCCCGGCUGCUGUGAUCGUUCUGGUCAACAUGUUGAUUGGAAUCAUUGUAUUCAACAAGCUCAUGUCCCGAGACGGCAUCUCGGACAAGUCCAAGAAGCAGCGGGCAGGCAAAACCACAGUUGACUGUAACCCAGUGACCCGAAGGUUGCCUUGCCUCUCCCAGGUGCAAGAUGUGGUGAAGUGCCAGAUUGGAGUUUGCAAGAGCGAUGAGAACGAGAACUCUCCCGAUUCAUGCAAGAAUGGGCAGGUCCAAAUCAUGACAGAUUUUGAAAAGGAUGUUGACCUGGCGUGUCAGACAGUCCUCUUCAAAGAGGUUAACACAUGCAACCCGGCCACCAUCACGAGCACCUUGUCACGCAUCUCCCUGGACGGGGACGAAGAUCCUAAGCUCAACUCCAGCUCCGAGGGUGGCUUGGGCUUCUCCACCCUCCCUGGGAAUAUCCCGCCCACUUCGAUCCUAGUCCAGGUGCCCAAAAUGACUCACAACAUGGUGAAGGGUCUGAACGAACUCAACGACCCGCCCACCAAGAAGGACAUCAAUGUGGAUGCUGCACGGGGACCCGUCUACAUGUGCGGCGAGAGCAAUCUGCGGCAACUGGACUACGGCUGGCUACGGCCACAAGAGGCGGCCAUGGAGAGCAACUACAUGGUGUUGCCCCGGCGGACAGUGAGCCUUAAGCCCUUCACCAGGGAGGAGGGCAAGCUCAACAUCAAACUGGACGAAGCGCCAGGCCUGACCAAGGUCCGUCAUAUGAUGGAGUCCGAGGCCUACCCCUCCUUUGCCUCAGUAGACCACAUCAAUGUGAACUUGAACCAACCCUACGGGACAAUCAAGCACCCAUACGGCCUCCAGUUCAAGCAGCAGCCCACAGUGCGGCAGAUCUUGGCCUCGGAGAUGUCAGAGCGCAGCCGCACCAUGCCCCGCACGGUCCCAGGUUCCGCCAUGAAAGUGGGCUCCCUGGAGAGGAAAAGGCUACGGUAUUCCGACCUGGACUUUGAGGUUAUGCACACAAGAAAACGCCACUCUGAACUGUACCAUGAGUUGAACCAGAAGUUUCACACAUUGGACCGAUAUCGAGCACCAGCAACCAAUGCCUCAAAGAGAGAGAAGCGGUGGAGUGUCUCUUCAGGGAGCGGGGAAAAGAACGUGGCCAGUCAGGAGGCAGACAGCCGGCAGCAGAAGCAAAAGUCGUGGAGCACCUUCAAGGCCAUGACGCUAAGCUCCCUGCCCUCCCGGCAUCGCGAGAAGCUGGAGCUACAUUCCGCUGCUGACUGGGAAAAGCACUGUAUGAGCCUGGAUCUGACCGAGGGGGACUUCCAGACAGAAGUGUGAGCCUUGUGGACUCUGGGAUCUAGCCACCUAUAAAUAUAUAUAUAUAUUAUAAAUAUAAAUAUAUAUAUAUUUUCACACCUUGGAAAAAGAAGGAGACCAAAACAACAAGACAGUUCCUUCCCCUUCUGGUGGUUUUAUUGGGCUUUUUUGGACACCCCUUUAGUCGCUCCUCUGGGGCGGGGAGAGGCAGUGGAAGAUGCCCCCCCCCCACAACUUUCACACAAAUAUGGCCACACACACCUCACACACACGUGCCCCCAUCCCCAGAAGUGAUAAUAGGUGCUGGCUUUUUCCUUCUUCCACCUCCUGUUGUCCUGCUGUUCCCACAGUGACUCACCACCAAGACACAAAAGCGCUCACACAAUCACACGCUCAAGGCUCUCUCCAAUUCACCCACCCACAGGACUUGGCAGAGGGGGAGACCUUUUUCCUCUCGGGGUGGUGAGGUGGGAGGAGCCGCCCUGAACUCUUUUCUAUCUGGGUAUUUCUUCACGCCAUGCACUGUGUGCACGGCCGGCAGUCUGGGACCGAAGUCGCCGCCCCACGUCUCCCCUUUGAGACAUUUCCCUGGCAUCGUUCUUCUUUCACCUCCAGCUCUUCCUGCCCGAACGGUGGGGGAGGAGACCCUGCACCUUCUUCGACCAGUUCCACACAGGCCGGAUCUGAGUCUCCCGUCUCCCUGCAACACACACCCUUCCCCCGUCUUCCUCCCCACCCCCUCCCAGGCCGGGCGGGCGCUGUGUUUGUUGGAAAUAAAAAUUCACGCUGUGAACCUUU